CUGCUUUUUCGCGUGUCUAAAUACUUACGGCGGAAAAAUUGCUCAGAAUUGUGCACGCUUAUUAUCGGUGCUGGAGAAAGCUUCGUCGCCGGCAAAAAAGGUUUCGCGCUGACUGUUAGGUUUGGAUGCUUUGAACUCGGCCUUGAGCUUCAGAUUAUGAGUGUACAUAUUUAUUCUCCUUAAAAAAAAGAUGCCUGGCAUACCAUUAACACCCAACGGGACUUCAUAUUCUAGAGCUGCAGACCAGAUGUGCCGUCACGAUUCUCACGAGCACUUGUCUGCAGAAGAAGAAAUUGCAGCCGAAGAAAGUCUUUCGAUAUACUGUAAACCUGUUGAGUUAUACAACAUACUGCAACGCCGAGCUGCAAAAAAUCCGUCUUUCCUACAAAGAUGUUUGCGGUACAAAUUACAGGCAAAACAUAAAAGAAGGAUACAAAUGACCAUUUCUCUUCCAGCAACUUUAAAUGGCGGCUCACACAUUCAAAGCAUGUUUCCUUUGUGUAUAUUGUUGGCUAGGCAAGUUCCAAUUCCUGUAGCUUCUGAGUACUCUGCAGUAUAUUGCUUUAAGCAGGCAUGCAUGCUAUCCUCUUGUUCCGGAGUAGACAGGACAAAUCAAGCUUAUGCAAAAUUUGUACUCCCUGAAAUGAAUAAGUUGUCAUCGGAGAUUGAUGCGGCAUCACUUGUAAUUCUUUUUAUUAGCUGUGCUGAGAUCGCCAAGGACCAUAUGGAUAUGUCAUAUUUUGCUUCCAAUGUUGAAGGACACUGCUUAUUGAGUAGGAUGUCCAUGGAAUUGCCUUAUUUAUCUUUGGAAAAGUCUCCGAACUUGGGUCUUGGAGAAAGAGCAGAGAUGUUUUCCACUGUUGACUUGUGCCCGUGUUUCAUGAAGGUAAGCUAUUUGGAGAAACAUGGGUGUGUUUCAUUUCAGUUUCCUCAAUCAUUUGGAGCUGCGGAUACAUCACAUGAGAUUAAAGUCAGUGUUGCUGCAGAAGAAGUUGGGGCAAAGGAGAGAACGUCUUACGAUUCGUAUUCUUAUAAUGAAGUUCCUAACUCAUCUUUGCAUCAUAUAAAAAGGCUACGGACUGGAAAUAUUGUUUUCAACUAUAGAUACUAUAACAAUAAGUGCCAGCGAACUGAAGUAACAGAAGACUUUACAUGUCCUUUCUGCUUGGUGAAAUGUGGAAGCUUUAAGGGUCUGAGAUAUCACUUAUCUUCUUGUCAUGAUCUAUUCUAUUUUGACUUUUGGGUCACUGAAGAAUAUCAGGCGGUAAAUGUGUCUGUUAAAACUGAUGUAUGGAGAUCUGAGAUCAUUGCUGACGGUGUUGAUCCCAAACAACAAACAUUUUUCUUUUGUUCAAGGCCCUUAAGACGCCGAAAACAACAAAGCGUUCAGAAUGGAAAGCAUGUACAUCCACUGGCUUUUGAUUCAGAUUCUCCAACGACAAUAAAGGAUCUUCAUAUCAAGAAUGAUGGUAUCGUGGAAUGUGAUGCAUCAAGUCCCAAUGCUGCAACUGUAUCAUCAGCCACUGGACAACCAUUUCCAGACCCUGACUGUACAGAGUCAUUGCCUGGAAGCAGUCUAGCACCACCUGCAGUGCUUCAAUUUGCAAAGACCAGGAAGUUAUCUGUUGAGCGUUCCGAUCCAAGAAAUCGUACACUCCUGCAGAAGAGACAAUUCUUUCACUCACACCGAGCCCAGCCUAUGGAAUUGGAACAAGUUUUAUCAGACCAGGAUAGUGAGGAUGAAGUUGAUGAUGAUGUUGCAGAUCUCGAAGACCGGCGGGUAUGCCAUAGUUCGUGUCGAAGCUGUCAAACUCGACACAAAUGCUUGAUGAUUUUGUUGAUGUUUCCAAAGACGAGAAGCAUAUGAUGCAUCUCUGGAAUUCAUUCGUGAGAAAGCAAAGGGUGCUUGCAGAUGGCCACAUUCCUUGGGCAUGUGAGGCCUUCUCAAAGCUGCACGGUCAAGAUUUUCUCCGAACUCCCGCACUGCUCUGGUGCUGGAGAUUGUUCAUGAUAAAACUAUGGAAUCACGGCCUCCUCGAUGCUCGUGCCAUGAACAACUGUAACGUGAUACUCGAACAAUUUCGAAACCAAGACGACGACAAAAGCUAACCAUGGGUGUCUGUUCUUUCAGAAUAAUUCUGUUUUGGCACCACCACCAUUGACACCAAGGUUGACUCUAUCAUUGACCCUCAUUGUUUGUGAUGUUUAUGAAGCGUUUAUGGGGCCAAUCUCGGUGUCAUUGGUAGUGUCACUGUAACAUAACUCUUUCUUUUUGUUCUGGUUUCCUUUGUAACACUAGAGCCUAGAGGAGUACCACUCGGGUGAUCGGUUAAGCAAGUCCUAGUCCCCUAGCCCCGUUUGGUCUGACCGUAAGUUUGGCGGGUCUGUGUGUGUGCGCGCGCGUGCUUUGAUGCGAGUACUGUGA